AUGGCUACAAAAAGAGUAAAACCAAACUUUAGAGACAGAAAUACCAGCGCGGCUUUAGACAGAAUUUCAAGAUUACCUGAUCCUGUAAUUCAUCGCAUUCUCUCUUUUAUUCCCACCAUUGAUGUUGUUCGGAUGAGCCUCCUCUCGAAGCGUUGGAGACGCAUGUGGUAUUCAGUCCCUUCCUUGGAGUUCUCAGAUGCUGAUAUUACGCACUCCGCCUUUCACUCUCGCAAAAGAUUCUGUAAUUUCGUCGACAAGUGUUUGAAACACCGCGAGGCAAGCAUGCGCUACAUUUCUGAUUCAUUCAUAACUAGAUUUAAGCUUGAUAUUGAGUAUUAUGGAGGUAGAUCUGCGCUAGAUAAUUGGUUAUCCUUCGUAAUUCGAAGCAAUGUUGAGGAAUUUGAUCUUCGUGCGAAACCAAAAUUUGAGUGGAGCUACAUUUCUGAUUCAUUCUACUGCUUACCUGAAGCGGUGCUUAGUGCGGGGUCAUUGAAUGUUUUGAAGUUGGAAGGUCUGAAGUUGAAUGGUGCUUGUUCAGUAAGUCUUCCAUCCUUGAAAUCUUUAUCCUUGAAAGCUGCCAAAUUGGAUGAUCACAUAUUAUGUGGUUUAGUCACGGGAUGCCCUUCCCUUGACGAAUUUUUCUUGAAGAAUUGUAAGGGAUUGUCGAAUCCGAGAAUUUCGAGUUUAAGCCUCAAGUUCUUAGAAAUUAGAUACUCAUCUUGUCAAACACUUAAAGCUCUCAUUUUUCCGGAGAAUUUGAGAAGGAUUUGUGGUUCACCAUGGCUUAAUCUGAAGAAUCUGAAGGUGAAGACUUACUGCAGAUUGACGAAAAAGAACAAAUUGAGAGACGCCCUGUAUUGGCUUUCCCCUAAGUUGGAGACUUUAGCUAUUGAGGAAGAAAAGAAAGGUUAUUUCUAUUGUGAUCAGAAGGCGAUUUAG